AAAUACAAAUAAAAUAAUCUCCAAAUAUUUAAUUAUUUUUAUAUUUAAUUAUUUUUAUAGUAUGUAAAUCUGCAAAAAAUAAUAAUACUUAUUUCAACUUUUUAUAAGAUAUAUAUGAAUAGUUUUAAAUCAAAUAAUUUAAAAGAAGAUAAAUAAAAUGUUACUAAAAAGGUUGAACCUAAUAUUUUAUAUUGUUUAGACACAAGAUUUGUUAUUGUGUUGUUUGAAAAUACAUUUAGUAGUAUAAUAUUAUUUUCUAUAAUUAGAAGAGUGAAUGUAACUAUAUAGUAAAAGGAUGUAGUUAAUUUAAAACCUGUAAAAAAAAGUUGGAUUCUGUUUUAAUAAGAAAGAUGUAUCAUGUAUCAUAUUACUUAAACUAUAUCGUUAAAUUAUAUCGUUAUUUGUUGAAUCAUAAUUGUUUUAAUGGUUGUACACUUAACACUUGGAUGUACUUUCUCUUUUAAAUAAAGUUUACUUGUUGACAAAAAAAUUUAAUCUUUGCGGGUGAGUGGAAGAUGGGAAAACUAAUCAAACCCUAUAAAUAGAUGUCACACCCACGAGUACAAAACAAGGUUUUCUAUCGGAUUCGUCUCUCUUCCACCCACUUUCGGUUCGUCUCUUCUGCCUCAAGCAUACGUCUCUUGAACACCGUUAAUUGUUUUGGUCAAAAUAAACAUCGUUAAUUGUAGUUUGUUUCCAUCUGUCUCGGCGUUUGACCUAUAACUUUUGGAAUAUAUAGACGUCUGAUGUUGCUAGUCUAGGGCUUUUUUUUAACUCUGUUUUCGUUAAUGCUGAUUAUGUCGUUUGGUUGCAACUCGUAAGCUAUGUCUCCAUAUAACCUAGGCGGCUAGGCCUCCAAAUAAACUUGCGUUUUCACUUUUUUUUUUUUUUUUUGCAGAACAGAAUUUACAGUAGAAAAAAUGAUUGGUAAAGGGAAAUCCAAAUAUGUUAGUUCUAAAGAGUUGAGUCAGAGAUCUAAGGAAGAUGGGGACAGGAUAAGCAAUUUACCUGACCAUUUGAUAUGUCAGAUAAUUUAUCUUCUCUCCACAGAGGAAGCUGUUAGGACAAGCGUUUUAUCCACUAGAUGGAGACAUGUUUGGCUUUGGCUUCCUGGUUUUGAAUUGAGUUCCAGAAAGUUCUCAGAUACCAAUGCCUUUGUGAGCUUUGGUGACAGAUUUUUGGAUUCUAGUAGGGUUACAUGCAUACGGAAACUCAAGUUAACUUUGGGGGAUAAUGCAAACACUGUAAAGGACGGCUCUUAUUUCACGUCAUGGAUUGAUGCUGCAAUAAAGCUUAAGAUCCAGCAUCUAGACAUUGAUUGGGCUGCAUACGAUUUUUUCACUCACCGUCGCCUAAGGUUGCAUAGCUGUGAGACACUGGUAUACUUAAGACUCUCCAACUUGUUCUUGGAUGAUGAGGUGUUUGUUGUCUUACCUUGUUUGAAGACAAUGUAUUUAGAACAAAAUUGGUACUCGAGUGAGACUAAUUUGAAGAAACUUAUCUCAUCAUGUCCCGUCCUUGAAAAUUUAAAUAUUGUCGCAUCUAAUAGUGAUGCACAAGUCUAUCAGGUGCACUCUCGGUCACUGAAGAGACUCAGCAUUGAAAGAAGAAUUCUCAAAGUGUUGGAUGGUGUUCCUGGAAUUGUUAUCGAUGCUCCUCUACUAAGCUGUUUGAGCAUCCAUGAUCAUGAAUCUAAAACCUUCAUAGUAAAAAGCAAUUUGGAGUCCAAUGCAAAGUUAUAUAUUUCUCUCAACUAUGGUUUAGUUGGAUCUGAUGUCAUAAAAAGUGUUUCAUCCAGAAGUAGCUUUCGUGAUUUUCUUACUGGGAUUUCGAUGGUCGGGGAUAUGAUAAUAUCUCAAAGUACAUCUCAGCUCAUUUGUCUAUACUCGAAGCUAGAACCGCUGCCUCAAUUUGAAUACAUGUCGCGCCUGUGCGUUUCUCUCCACGCGACCAAUUCGAUAUGGCUGAAAACAUUUCUUAGGAGUUGCCCUAAUCUGAGAUCCCUCAUCUUGGAACAAAUUGGUUAUGUGAAUUACCCUGAGCCACAAUCCGAGGAGGAGAGUCCCAAGUGUUUUCUUUCGUCUCUCGAGUUUGUUGAUAUCUACUUUUCAUCUCAAGGACGUUAUAUAGACAUGAAGUUGGUAAGUUACAUCCUUGAGAAUUCAGCAAUCCUCAAGAAACUCACUCUAAGUUGGGAUCAUCAUUCAACAAAAGGUGAAAUCAUUAAGGAACUGCUCAAAAUCCCAAGACACUCUACCAAAUGUGAAGUUGUCAUUCUUGGUUUUAAAAGGCAAGCGCCUUUGUCGCCAUGGUGCAAGGCUCACCAAGGAGAAGGCCCUGACGCUACAUACCUCUAA